UGAACGCUUGUCAGUAAUUUCCGGCGCUAGGCGGAAGACGACGAGGUAGCUUCAUUGAGGUGAAGCUGCCAGCCUGUUUGCUUUUUGCUGCUGUUGGAAAGGAUACCUGAAGACGCGUUACAAUGGCGGAAGGUUCGGAGAGAGCGGAUGGCAGGAUCGUUAAAAUGGAGGUGGAUUAUAGCGCUACUGUGGAUCAGCGGUUGCCGGAAUAUGAGAAGAUGGCACGAGAAGGAAGACUCCAGGAAGCCAUUGAAAAUCUUUUGUCUUUAGAAAAACAGACCAGAACGGCUUCAGAUAUGAUUUCUACAUCAAGGAUUCUGGUUGCUAUAGUACAGAUGUGCUAUGAAGCAAAAGAGUGGGAUUCACUGAAUGAAAAUAUAAUGCUGUUAUCCAAGAGAAGAAGUCAACUGAAACAGGCUGUUGCAAAGAUGGUACAGGAGUGUUACAAGUACGUAGAAGAUAUCCCAGACCUAUCAGUUAAGCUGAAACUCAUUGAUACACUGCGCACCGUUACAGCUGGAAAGAUCUAUGUUGAAAUUGAACGGGCUCGGCUGACACGGAUCUUGGCUAAUAUUAAAGAACAAAAUGGUGAGGUUAAGGAAGCCGCUGCAAUCCUACAGGAAUUACAGGUGGAAACCUAUGGUUCUAUGGAGAAGAAGGAAAAGACAGAGUUUAUCUUGGAGCAAAUGAGGCUGUGCAUUGCCGUUAAGGAUUAUAUCCGAACUCAGAUCAUUAGCAAGAAGAUUAAUACAAAGUUCUUCCAAGAGGAAGGAACUCAGGAACUGAAGUUGAAAUACUACAACCUAAUGAUUCAAGUGGAUCAACAUGAGGGGUCUUACCUUUCAAUUUGUAAGCACUACCGUGCUAUUUAUGACACUCCAUGCAUCCAGGAAGACAGUGCUAAAUGGCAACAGGCUUUGAAGAGUGUUGUUCUUUAUGUGAUCCUCUCACCAUAUGAUAAUGAACAGUCUGAUCUGGUGCACAGAAUUAACAAGGACAAAAAGCUAGAAGAAAUACCCAAAUACAAGGAUCUUCUGAAGCAGUUUAUCACCAUGGAGCUAAUGCGUUGGACCACUUUGGUGGAGGAUUAUGGCAAGGAACUCAGAGAGGGCUCUCCAGACAGCCCUGCUACAGAUGUUUUUGCCUACACAGAAGAAGGAGAGAAGAGAUGGAAAAACUUAAAAAACAGAGUUGUAGAACAUAAUAUCAGGAUAAUGGCCAAGUACUACACAAGAAUUACCAUGAAGCGCAUGGCAGCACUUUUGGACUUGUCAGUUGAUGAAUCUGAGGAAUUUUUGUCCUGUCUAGUGGUAAGCAAAACAAUCUAUGCAAAGGUUGACCGCUUGGCUGGAAUCAUCAAUUUCCAGAGGCCAAAGGACCCCAAUGACAUUCUCAAUGACUGGUCUCAUAAACUGAAUUCAUUAAUGGCAUUGGUCAACAAAACAACACACCUGAUUGCCAAAGAAGAAAUGAUUCACAAUUUGCAAUGAGAAAAGUGAGAAUAUUUGCUCUCCACUGUGCUCUUGAAGCCUGGGAAUCCAUGGAUUAAAGUGAACUCUAGUCUUCAUAGCUGACAUUGUAACUCUGGUUCAGUAUGCUGCUGGACACGGACAGGAAAAAAUUAGUUGCUGUACUCGGCAACUCCUUAGCAUGACUUUGAAGAACGUCUACAGAAAUGUGGCCUGUCAGUGAUAAGCCAGUUUUCACAAAGAUUUUUAUUUUGUUUGUUGGUUUGCAAUAUGCAACAUCGGUUACAUCUCUGCUGUAGCUGUAAAGGAUUCUUCUUUUGCAUCAUGUGAUCUGCAGACUGACUAGUCUGUAUUUAAAAAAAAAAAAAGACUUGUAUCAGCCCAUGCGGACUUGGCAUGAAUCAGUUACAAGAAAGCCAUCUCUAAAAAUUGCAAAAAAAAAAAUAAUUGGUCAAUAAAUGUUAUCUCAGACCAAGUAUCCAGAUGUGUUUCCAGUGGGAAUUGGCAUUAACAAGAUUUUAAAGAUCCUCCCAGGGAUGUUUGCAAGGAAUCUGAUACCAGAUGAUAUUCUUUAUAACCCCACCUAAGGGAUUUGAGAAAAAUCCCUAUCGCCUGCAGACUACCAAGGUGCCUAAAAUUCAUGUCCCCCUCAUUCAUUUAUUCACUGUAUUGGUGUAUCAGAGAUAAAUGGCAAAUAAGGGCAUUUCUGAAUUUGUCAUGUACACCUCUAGUUUAUCAUCUUAUUUAUAGUAUGUAAAUCGAAUCAGAUUUUCCCUUCCAAAUUAGCUGCUUACCAGAUACUGUCAACCCCCAGCCUUCAACCAAUUCCCCUGGGUAACUUCACUACUAGACACAGAACGUGUUUUGAGAUGAACAGAGUUCCUAGUUGCAGUCAUAUCCACUGACGCGUUUUGUAAAGAUGCUGAUGACUACAGAGAAUUGUAAUCAUUCACUAUCCUCUGGGUUUAUAUACUGGCGGUAGUCGCAAUUGACUAUAUACUGGUCCUCAACCUGCUAAAAAUUGUUUAAUAAAAGCUCCUUGUUGAUU